CCACGACUGGGAGAGGGAAAAACAUUUCAAAAGCCUCAAAAUUCACAACAGACAAACAGGUUCAUCAGCUUCCAUUCAUACUUGUGGCGCUCAUAGUCAAUGAUGAUCAGUGAUGAGAAUGUGGGUUUGCAGAGAUAGAAACAAUACUCAAAUGAAAGAGGAGGGGAGAAGAAUGUGUCUACAAGAUUAAGUAGAGCAAGUGCCUGCCAAAGAGUAGGUUGCAGAGCUAAUCCUCAUUACAACAUGGAGCUACAAAGAUUUAUUAUGACUGGUUUCUGCAUUUGCCUCGUUUGGGUUUCAAUGUGGGAAGGGGCAGAGGCAGACGACGGGGCAGAGAAAGGGCCAGGCAUCGGUGUAAACUACGGAAGGGUGGGGAACAAUUUGCCAUCGGCAAAACAAGCGAUAAAGCUGCUUGCUAACACGAUUGUAGACAAAGUAAAAAUCUAUGAUUCAGACCCCACCGUAUUGCAGGCAUUUGCACACACAGGCAUUGGAGUUGUGGUAUGUUUGGAGAACGAGAAAGUGCAGGCGGUGAGCGAGAGCGAGAACGCAGGGCAAGCGUGGGUGAGCCAGAGGAUCAGUCCUUACUAUCCUGCCACCAACAUUAUUCAGAUCAUGGUGGGCAACGAGGCACUCACAGACACAGACGGCAAAAUAAGUGAUGCUCUGGUGCCCGCCAUGCAAAAUGUUCAUGCAGCUCUGGUCUCGUUGAAUCUGGCUGACAAGAUAAAGGUCUCAACGCCGCACAGCAUGGCAGUUCUUGAGAGCUCAUUCCCUCCCUCAGCCGCCACAUUCACGCCCUCUUUGCUACCCAUCAUGAAGCCCCUUCUCAAGUUUCUUGAGGAAACAGGGGCUCCCUUCAUGGUGAAUGCCUACCCUUAUUUUGCCUACAGAGACAACCCAAAAGAAGUGUCCCUAGAUUAUGUGCUCUUUGGCCAGUCUCCUGGGGUUAAGGAUCCCAAGGGCUUCACCUACAACAACAUGCUAGAUGCUCAGAUUGACUCUGUUUACUCUGCCAUGGCUGCCCUGGGUCAUAAUGACAGUAUUCCUGUGAGCAUUUCAGAGACUGGGUGGCCUUCCAAGGGAGAUCCAGCUGACAUUGGAGUUAACCCAGAGAAUGCCAGAAACUACAAUACCAGAGUUAUAAAGCAUGUCACCUCUAAUGCAGGAACUCCCAUGAGGCCCAACAGGGUGAUCGACACCUACAUCUUUGCUCUUUUCAACGAGAAUCAGAAGCCAGGGCCUAUUACAGAGAGAAACUUUGGGCUUCUUCAGCCUGAUGGCUCCAAAGUAUAUGACAUAGAUUUGAGCUGUGGGUAUUGCGGCGCGGCGGCGCCGGCGCCGGCGCCACCUCCUCCUGCUCCCCUGCCCAUGCAAUGGUCUCGCCCAGCCAAAGGAGGCCGCCAAGCUGGUGCAAUCUGGUGCAUUGCUAAGCCUAGUGCCGACCCAUCUGUGCUUCAGGAAUCUCUGGACUUCGCCUGCGGCCAAGGCGGAGCUGAUUGCUCUGCAAUUCAUCAGGGGGGUCCUUGUUAUACUCCAAACACUGUUCACGCUCAUGCUUCCUUUGCCAUGAAUAGUUAUUACCAUGUCCAUGGGAGAAACUACUGGAACUGCGACUUCAAAGACACUGGCCUCGUUACUUUCACAGAUCCCAGCUAUGGAUCUUGUAACUAUCCGCAGCAAUAAGAAUGGAAGAAAUCCAGAAAGGUGUCAGUUCAAGAUAUGCUCAAUCCACCAUUGAGUAUGUUACUGUUUAUGGUUGUACGCAUUUGAAGAAGUUUUGUCCUCCCAAACAGAAUGUGAGAUAAUCAAUGCCAUUGUAUUAAAAGUGCCAAUUGUCUAAUCGAUGAAGAUUAGUCAUCUGAUUUCACUCUCUUGUGAAAGCUUUUAACGCUGUUAUUAUUGUGUACUGAUAAAGCUGAGGAGGCGGCAGAGUGGCAUCCUAUCUCACCUUUUUGAUCGUAAUGUACAUCAUGGUUUCUACUUUGAUACAGAAUUGUGUUGGAUUCC